GGCAGGUUAAACCUCACACUUGUAGUAGCCACUGUGCUAGCGAUCUGCUCUGCUUUCCCGGUCUUUCUUAGCAGUAGAGGAGUGUGUGGACACACACACGCGCACACACCACACACUCAUACACACACACAUCCCACUAUUAUUACCACCGGUACAAAAAAAUAAAAAAACAACGACCAUCUUCAGAGCUGGCACUUGAGCUGUGUUUCUUUUGGAGCUGAAGAUAUCUGUGCCUUGUAUUGGAUUUAUCCCUUUGGAUGAAAUUUUGGGACGGAUUAAUUCUUUUUAUUCUUUUUUGGUUCUUGACCCAGAAGGAGAUCAAUCGAAGUUUGGGACAGGGGGAAGGUGGGCAGGAUUUGAUUUCCGCCCUCUACAUGAGCACAAGAGGGUGUGACACCAGGCCUGGGGAUUUCUGGCACUGAGGAGAGUCCGGAGGAAGUGGACCAAGGGUCUGCCCACACAAAGCCGGACACAUCCCUCCGAGCACCACUGGGCUGGAUAUGCGGUUCUUGUGAAGACCAACUGGCAAAGGACGAUUCGGCUCAGAGGCGGGAGAUAGGAACUCUGGGGAGCCGACGGGGGUGGAGUUCAGUACAAAGUGGGCUGGAUCGAUCCUGGGCGAGAUUUAGAUAACAGGCAGCGCACAGCUGCUCGCAUUGGACUCCUCACCAGCGCUUGGGCCCCAGCAACAUGAACGAUCUCCCUGAGGUGACGCAGGAGCCGCUGUUCUCGUUCCCUGCACAGAGAGGGGCCUCUUAGACACACACAGAGGCUCUAAUUUGGGCUCCGGCUGUCAGCCCCAACAAUACUGGGAUUCUGCCUCGCAGAGGGGUUUUUAAUAUCCCCUGAAUCGUAUUCCUGCACAGGGGCAGGAAGCUUAAAGUUUGUCUUCGAGCAGGGUGGCUGUUUUACGUGCUUUAUCUGCCAUGGCAAAACCGGCCGAGGCAUGAACACUGGAAACCGGCGGACAAGCCAGGAGGUCUGCAGUACAAACAAGGAUCAGUCCCGCAAAUACUGCCCUGACAGGAUAUAACCAAAGAGACCCCAGACCACACGGACAGACUCUUCCAGAAGAAAGAGAGGGGGAAAAAACCCUCGCGAGCUCAAAUUUAUCUUCAUUGGGUUUCUGUGGCGGCACAGGAUUUACCGGUUCUCUUAAAUCAGGGUGUUCUGACAGACCCGAAAGCUGCACACCAAGAUGUCAACGUUCAAGACAAUGUGCAGGUAUAAGACCUUCUUCCACUCCUUGACCCGGAUAGGACUGCUUCUUGGUCUGAUCAGUCCAUCGGUCACCUCCGCCUCCUGCCCUUCUGCGUGCCGCUGUGACGGGACCUUCAUCUACUGCAACGACCGAGACCUGACCUCCAUCCCCACGGGCAUCCCAGCCGACGCCACGGUCCUCUACCUGCAGAACAACCGCAUCAAGAGUGCGGGGAUCCCUCCGGAACUGAGGAAACUCACCCGCGUGGAGAAGAUCUACCUGUACUGCAACAACCUGGAUGAGUUCCCCACCAACCUGCCCGUCAGUGUCAAGGAGCUGCACCUGCAGGAGAACAAUGUCAGGACUAUCACCCACUCCUCGCUGGCGCAGAUCCCCAACAUCGAGGAGCUACACCUCGACGAUAACUCCGUGUCCGCCGUUAGCAUCGAGGAAGGGGCCUUCCGGGACAGCAACCACCUGCGAAUGCUGUUUCUGUCCCGCAACCACCUGAGCACCAUCCCCCUGGGCCUGCCCAUGACCAUCGAGGAGCUGCGUUUCGACGACAACCGGAUCUCCUCCAUCUCUGAGCAGUCCUUGCAGGAUCUUAUAAAUCUCAAACGGCUGGUGCUGGACGGGAACCUCCUGAACAACAACGGUAUUGGAGAGAUGGCCUUCGUCAACCUGAUAAACCUGACUGAGCUGUCGCUGGUCCGCAACUCCCUCACCGCCCCGCCGGCUAACCUGCCGGGCACCAGCUUGGAGAAGCUGCAGCUGCAGGAUAACCACAUCAACCGGGUGCCAGCUGGGGCCUUCUCCUUCCUGCGGCAGCUCUACCGCCUCGACUUGUCCGGCAACAACCUGAGCAGCCUCCCGCUGGGCGUCUUCGACGACCUGGACAACCUUACUCACCUGCUGCUGCGCAACAACCCCUGGUACUGCGGCUGCAGGAUGAAGUGGGUGCGGGACUGGCUGCGAACUCUGCCAUCCAAGGUCAACGUGCGUGGCCUGAUGUGCCAGGGCCCUGACAAGGUCAAAGGCAUGGCCAUCAAGGACCUGGCCACAGAACUCUUCGACUGCACUGAUGAGGCACACGUCCCGCCCACAUUUGAGACUAGCACAGUAUCAAACACCCUGCCUCCUUCCAGAGGUCAGUGGCCUUCCUUUGUCACCAAAAGACCGGUAGUCAAGGGGCCUGAUCUCAGCAAACACUACCGCAGCACCACCCCUUCGGGUCGGAAGGUUAUCACUAUUAGUGUGAAAUCCAGCAGCGCAGAGACAGUGCACAUUUCCUGGAAAGUCUCACAGCCGAUGACCGCCUUGCGUCUCAGCUGGCUUAAGUUGGGCCACAGCCCUGCGUUCGGUUCCAUCACAGAAACCAUCGUUCAGGGGGAGAAGACGGAGUAUUUGCUGACUGCUCUUGAGCCGGAGUCCUCUUAUCGGAUAUGCAUGGUUCCCAUGGAAACCAGUAACAUUUAUCUGUCAGAUGAAACACCUGUCUGUAUUGAAGCAGAAACCGGAUCUCUAAAAGCAUACAACCCCACCACAACCUUGAACAGGGAGCAGGAGAAGGAGCCUUACAAAAAUUCCAGCCUGCCUUUAGCCGCUAUAAUUGGCGGGGCCGUGGCUCUUUUGGCAAUCAUUAUGCUUGCAUUGGUGUGCUGGUAUGUUCACAGGAACGGGUCCCUCUUUUCCAGGAACUGCACCUACAAUAAGGGUCGGAGGAGGAAAGACGACUACGCCGAGGCAGGAACGAAAAAGGACAACUCGAUUUUGGAAAUACGAGAGACCUCUUUUCAAAUGAUUCCAAUAAACCAUGGAACCGUGUCCAAGGAGGAGUUUGUGAUACACACAAUUUUUCCGCCCAACGGCUUGAGCCUGUACAAGAGUCCACACAGUGAAAACAGCAGCAGCAAUAGAAGUUACAGAGACAGUGGAAUACCAGAUUCAGACCAUUCCCACUCAUGAUAGUGAUUAUGUAUUUUAAGACUUUUUAUUACAAAU